CCCGAUGAUUAUACGCACGCGACGACGCGUCGCGACAGCUUGUCUAAACAAUCAUUUAGUCUUCUGGAACAAGACAAGACUAACAAUACCAUAUUUCAGUGAAUAGCUUAUCUGUAAAGUACGUUACUUUUACUAUAAAAAAAUUAAAACUUGAUUAUUGAAUGAGCAUUAAUAGUGUAAAGGCAUAAGGGAGUAUCAAGUAUAACCAAGUGAAGUGGAAAUGUCAACUGAAGAUGGUAUAGAAAAAAUUGUUGGUCGAUUUGGAAAGUACCAGACGUGGAUAUUAUUCUUGAUUUCGAUUGGACGGCUACCAACAGAAUUUCAGCUGAAUAUCGUCGUAUUCCUCUUGCCGGGAGUUGAAUACCAAUGCUUGGAUAGUGAUGUGAAUGCAACCAAUCAUUGUCCGUGUGAAAACCCAAAGUAUGACCAAAGCUCAAUAGCUAGUUCCGUUGUGACAGAAUGGAAUCUGAUUUGUGAUAGAGUAUCUCUUGCCAGCUUGGCGCAGUCCAUAAUGCAGAUCGGAAUUCUAACUGGAAGCCUCAUAUUUGGUUAUGUUUCAGACAGAUAUGGACGUAAACUUGCCGUACUCCUCUCUUUAUUUCUCGAGGCUGCCUUCGUCGCAAUGUCCGGCUUGGUCCCAGAAUUUUGGAUGUUUUUGGUCUGUCGCUUCUUGAUUGGAGCUGCAGUGGGAGGAACAAUGUUGUGCGGUUACGUCUUAUUUAUAGAACUUUGUGGAAAAUCAUUUAGGCCAUACGUUAUUGGACUUCAUGAAAUAUCAUUUAUUUUGGGAUAUCUUCUACUGCCGAUCAUUGCUUACUUUGUUAGGGAUUGGAGAAAUCUUCAAUUGGUGACUUCGGUGCCGUGGCUAAUGGUUAUAGUUUAUUAUUGGUUAAUUCCUGAGUCUCCCCGUUGGAUGAUUACUGUGGGCAAAAGGAAGGAAGCAAUUACUCUUCUUGAAUUUAUUGCCAAAAAGAAUAACCGACCGACGGAAAACAUCGAGCACAUUGUCGAUGAAAUGGAAAAGGAAACUAUGAGAGAAAACCAGAAACCUGCCUCAUAUGCAGAUCUGUACAAGACCCCAAACAUCAGAUUUUAUACAAUUGUGACUGCGUUCAUAUGGAUGUUCUGUUCACACACAUUUUUCGGAGUCAACCAAUAUAUCGGACGUUUACAAGGAAAUAUAUAUUUGAACGUAAUACUUUCAGCAGUUAGCUUGACUCCUGGGUUAAUCCUUGUAGUUUUUGCGACAUUGUAUUUAAAACGAAAAGUUAGUGUAGUAACUAGUUUUAGUGUUGCCGCUGUAUCUUUGCUUGUUUUCAUAUUCAUCCCAAGUAAUAUGGAAUCACUCACGUUAACUUUUGCCAUUAUAGGCCUGAUAGGCGCUUACACAUCCUUUGUUCAAGUAUAUUUGUUCACGUCUGAAGUAUUUCCAACUGUGAUCAGAAACACUGCAUUAGGAUUUGCCUCCAUGUUUGGUAGAUUCGGAGGUUUCAUUGCGCCUUUUGUGGUUAACCUGGGUAUAGAGUGGGUGUCUAUUUUAAUAUUUAGUGGAGUAGCUUUUGCAGCUGCCUCUUUGUGUUACUUGCUCCCAGAAACAAAAGAUAUAAUACUUUUGAAUUCAAUUGAACAAACUGAAAGUCAAAAUGAGAAUAUUAAAGCUCCCACCAAUAGCACAAAUGAUAAUAAGUAGUUUAUGUUUUGAUUAAAUCUAUUUUUUUCGUCUGUUUAAUACCUUAUGUAGCUCUCUGUACUUAUUUAUGCUUCAUGAAAGUUCUCUUAAAUAAUUAUUUUCACUGCGAAUAAAUACCUACAUUUACGAAUGAAACAAUUCACGUAAGUCAUUGUUAUUUAAAACUAACUAAAUGAAUCGUGUAUAAAACAUAAUACUGAUCGAUAACAAAGAUAUCUAAAAUAGAAAAUAAGACAGUAGAAGCGAAACUUUAGAACGUAGCAAUUUUAUUUUAUAAUGUUCAAGAUAUAAAUUUCGUUAAAAGCCAUCGACAUCUACUUUCUUACGAAACGAAGCUUAUAAAAGGUAGACAUACAAGAAGACAUAUCUGUUAUAUAUAUGUCUGUCAGGAAAUGUAUAUAUUGAUAAAAAAAUGUAUAUAUUAAUUAUAUAUUAUAUGCUUAUUCUACAUUUA